AUGGGUCAACUGCUCACAAUUAUAUACCUGUCGACUAUAUUUGCCUCGAUCUUCUUGCUGGCUUAUGCCAUGUGGCGAAUUAUUUGGUUCAGGAACUAUGGAGGUAAUUUCAAUUAAUGCUUGAUCUUAUAUAUUCUUGUAGUUGAGAUUCCAAUCGAUAGGAACUUCAAUAUUCAGACUAUAAAUCAAAGAAAACUAUUCUAUAAGACCAAGACUUAUCAUAUUUUUGUCAAUUUCAUUUCAAACAUCAUAAAGAAACUAGAUAUGGACUAUUGGGUCUUGCAUACAGGGACCGAUGGGUACCUAUAUUUGCUAUUCCAAAGGAGAUUCUUGAAAUUACUUAUAUACUUCUCAAUUAUCUCUUUGUUAGUUUCUGUCCCCGCUAAUUUCACAACUGAUUCAUCAAUUGAAGAUUGGUUCGAUAGAACAACCUUGAACAACAAAGAAUUAGGAAGCUUCAGAGGAUGGGUACAUGUUAUUCUAGUUUUGGUUUUUACCCUAUUAACAAUCAGAGCAGUUUAAAAGACUAGGAGAGAUGCAAGGAUAGCUUACCAGUUUUAUCAUCGAGAAAUGAGUAAGAAUCAUGAUCAUGAGUGGCUUAAGGCGAGAACUGUGCACAUUAAAGGUAUUCCUCCUGAAGAUAGAUCAGGCAAUAUUCUUAGACAGACACUUGAGAGAGUGAUUGCCCCAACAGGUGGAUAGGUAUUAGGUGUUUUGCUGGUGCCUGAUUUCGUGAACUAACUUGUCAUUGAAGGCAAGAUCAAGGAUCUUAAAGACUUGUAAAUGUUGAUAGAUGCCUCAGGAGAAGGCAGAGACUAGUACUUCAAUUGUUGUAUUCCUGAGAGAUACAAGAAUGAGAGGUCAUUCCAGUAAAAACUUGAUAAAUUAGACAUGAAGAUGCAAGAGGAAUCGCUUAAGCCCUUCAAACCUUCUGGUCAUGCCUUUGUUUGCUUCGAUUCUAUAAAAUCAGUUAAUGAGGUUAUCUAGCAUUUCAGCCUUGGCCCAACUUAAUACCUAAAAUUACUCUAUCUACAAGUUAGAGAUAAAAUCAGGAUGUAUCUUUAACAAUAAUCAAGAGAUAGAGUGUAGUCAACAUUCAUUAAAUUUGAGGAACUUGAUGCCUAAGCUUAGCAAUAAGGUACGGGUGACCAGGUACUCUUGAUGAAUUUAGCCAGUGAUCCUAUUGAUAUACUAUGGAGGAAUAUUGGUGGCACAAGCAGAGGUGUGUUCAUAUUUAGAAGGUUGUUCUUGCAUGCCAUUGGCAUCAUAAUUGUGUUAUUCAUAUCUACUCCUACAGCUAUGCUUUCAACUCUUCAGAAAGUUGACAUUUUCGGCAUUUUCAAUUUCACCUGGGCUGAAAAUCUCCCUCAGGGCUCCUUUUUGAAAUCUCACUUACCUCCUCUAGUAAUACUAGGAAUCAAUUAAAUCUUAUUACUGCUAAUCGAUCUAACCUCGGUUGUUGAAAAGCACGAAACUCAUUCACUAUAUUAGAGAGCUAUCUACACAAAAUCAGUCAUUUAUCUUAAUUUAAACAUGCUUAUAAUCCCUGCUAUGACAUUGACAAACUCAGAGCCGUUCUUUAACAUUAUCUUUAACAAGUAAUUCGACAUUACCCAAAUUUUAGGCAAUUUCUACAUUGCCAACUCAGGUAUUUUCUUCGUGUCUAUUUGUAUCCAAUAAGCUUGCCUAUCUUCAGCUUUUUACUUGAUGAAUAUGCCAGAUAUAUUUUUGUCUUAUUUUUCACCAUGGUUAGCUCUAGAAAAGCGCAAAUUGUUCAAUGACUCAGAGCCUUGGAGAAGAAAGGAAAGCUUUUGCUUCCAAUAUGGAUUCUUUUAUGCAUAGCAAAUGACUGUAUUUGCUAUAGCAUUAAUUUUCAGUUCUACAGUGCCUCUGGUUACUUUUGCUGCUGCUAUAUUCUUUGGUCUGAGACAUUAUGUAGAUUGCUUGUAGCUGCUUACAUAUUUCCGCAAAGAGAUCGACUCUGGUGGAAAGUUGAUAUCAAUUGUUACUAAUUCUGCUUUACUUUUUGUUAUACUUUACUAGCUUAGUAUGAUGGCUUUCUUUACUAUAAAAAAGAAGGAUAGCGAAGCCAUGGUUGUAUGUAUAAUCAUAGUAGUGAGUAUUAUCUUUACUGUUAUCAGCUAUGAGGAAGUUUAUGAUUUGACUAAGAUUGAAUCUGAGAAUGAUUAAUAUAGAGUAUUCAAUGAAGAGGCUUUUAUCAAAUGGAAAUCUGAAUAUGAGCAUCCUUUGGUUAUCGGAAAUGUGAAGAGGAAAGCUAGAACCUUAGGUGUUGAAAUCAAGACUGUAAAUGAUUGGGAGUAAUUUAUGGAAGAUGAACAUGUUCAGGGCAUGUUGUUCUCACCUGGUGAGAGAUAUAGAAAGAGUGGGUUUUUCCAAAUGAGUGAUGACUUGGAGAAAGAUGCUUAACAAAUACAGGCUGAGCUUAAUAGUAGGCUAAAUCAGAGCUAAAAUCCUCAACAAUACCAAUAAAAUCUAUAGCAGUAGUAGUAGCACAACAGAAAUGGAAGUCAGAGUAAUUUUAACAAUGCCAAUACUAAUGUGAACACUCAAGCAAUUAAUUAAAAUCAAAAUGCUAAUCAAAAUGAAUAUAAUAAACAACCCAAAUAACAGAGGAAAAACUAUGCGCUAGCUAGUUGA